UCGGGGGCUUUCCCCGCGUCCCCUUGGAGACGGGGCCGAGGGGGUGGAGCCCCGUCUCCGGAGGCGGGGCCCAGCAGUCAGCGCUCGGGCUGGAGGCGGGGCAAACGCCUCAUGAUCGCCCCGCCCCUUCACCUUUUGGCUUUAGGACACCCAGCGGCUUUCCCACGCUUUGCCGGAAGUCCUCGCAUCAUUUCCGGCAGAACUUUUAAAGGCAGUCCUAGAGGACCUGGAGCCGAAUGGUUUAGAGAGCUUUGUGUUGUUCUCGCUGCGGUGGGAGCUCGGCCAGGAUGCGGAGCGGGUUUCUGAGCGGUGCCCGACGCCUGUGGGCCUUCCGCGGCCUCAGCCGCACUACGCCGCCGCCCGAGGAGCUCUUUGCCCGCGAAGGGCCCCUACGGGCCUUCCUGGAGCGCCGUGCCGGCUCGGAGACAGGGGGUCUGGACGCCGGGGGACCUCAGCUGGCGGCGGCAGCCCGGCUGCUCAGCGAGAAGGAGCGGGAGUUGCGAGACACCGAAUCCUUGCUGCACGAUGAGAAUGAAGAUUUAAAGAGACUUGCAGAGAGUGAGAUGGCUUUGUGUCAAAAGGAAAUAACUCAGCUGAAGCAUCAGAUCAUCUCACUUUUGGUUCCUUCAGAAGAAACAGACGAGAGUGACUUGAUCCUGGAGGUGACUGCGGGUGUGGGUGGUCAGGAAGCCAUGCUUUUCACUUCUGAGAUGUUUGACAUGUACCAGCAGUACGCUGCGUUUAAAAGAUGGCAUUUUGAAACGCUGGACUAUUUACCAAGUGAACUAGGUGGCCUUCGGCAUGCGUCAGCCAGCGUUGGCGGUCCAGAAGCCUAUAAACACAUGAAAUUUGAAGGAGGCGUGCACAGAGUGCAGAGAGUGCCAAAGACGGAGAAGCAAGGCCGCAUCCACACCAGCACCAUGACAGUGGCAAUUCUGCCCCAGCCUGCUGAGAUUAACCUGGUGAUUAAUCCUAAAGAUUUGAGAAUUGAUACCAAGAGAGCAAGUGGAGCUGGAGGUCAGCAUGUAAAUACCACAGACAGUGCUGUUCGAAUAGUUCAUCUUCCUACAGGUGUUGUUUCUGAAUGCCAGCAAGAGAGAUCUCAACUGAAGAACAGGGAGCUGGCUAUGAAGAAGUUACGUGCAAAGCUCUACAGCAUGCAUCUAGAGGAAGAAACUACCAAAAGAUACAACGCUAGAAAGAUCCAGGUUGGAACUAAAGGAAGAUCAGAGAAAAUAAGAACAUAUAACUUUCCACAGAACAGGGUCACAGACCACAGGAUAAACAAGUCUCUGUAUGACCUUGAGAACUUCAUGCAAGGAGACUGUCUUCUGGAUGACAUGAUACAGUCAUUGAAGGACUAUUCGGAUUAUGAAUCUCUAGUAGAAAUGAUUUCCAGAAAAGACUAAGCUGCUUUGUAAAGCUGUUUUUUUUAUACAGACUAGAGACAUCCUAGAGCAAAUCCAUUUUCCAUUUUGUGCAAAUAUUUAACCAGUAUUCUCUUGAAGAAUGAAAGGUAACAGUUUCUUGGACUCUACUCUAUAAAAAAUGAGACACAAAGGAAGACAGUUGUUGUGGACUGUUAUUUUAAGGUGUGUUACAUUUGUUUAUUCUGUGGAACAUUUGUUUAA